CAGCCGCGAUUUGCACGGAGCUCCGCCAGCCGGAGAGUGUCCUCAUGGGUGUUUCUCCGGGCAAGGCUUUCAGCAUCCCAAGGUUCUCUAGCUGCUCUAGCCUCAGUCCUGUGUUCCCACGUGGGAACGCAGUCUUCACACAUGACUGGCGCUAGAGUAGCUGGGACUUCAGGAUGCCUUCCUCUCUCAGGGAAUGUCCUGAAAAUUCUGCCAACUCCCACUGACGUGGGACGGGAACGCAGAACUGGUGACAAGCUGUCAUCGAUGUUUCUGACACUUGGGCCUUGCACACGCACGCUGAGAACCGCUGGCCACCUGUCGGCUGUGCGCACACGCAGUGACGGAGCUGUCAGAGGUGCGCAUGCACGGUUGGGCUUACCUGCUUUGCCUGGCGCGCCUUGGCUGCUUGGCUUCGCUUGUUAUUGGCUCUGAGUUUGGAAAUAUCGGAGUUUCCUGGUUGGAGGUGGUGGCUGCCCAGAGUGGCUUGGUCUUAUUGGGCCCCUGAGGCUUUGAUAGGUGGAAUGGUGCUGAGGUGUCUCUAAUAACCUCCGCCAUGAAAAGGAUCUCUGGUUCCCAGGACCAGAAGGGCCAGGGGCCUAGUGGCUUCUUCACCUGCUGGUGGAGGAGCAGCAGGGGUGAUGUUGCUGAGCGCGAUGACAGCACCUUCGCCCAGCGUGGAUACAACAUCCGAGGGAAACAUCUCGGCAAGCUCCACAGAGCCGCUAGCCGGGGUGACGUCUUCAGGGUGCAGCUCAUCCUUAUGCGCGGGAACGUUGACUUGGAUGAGAGAGACAAGAAGAAGAGAAGGAGCAUCAAACAAAAUGGCAUGCUUGGGAGGAGAAGCAGCAGGUGCAAAAGGCAAUGGGAAAUUUACCAGGUGGAGUGCUUUGGGCUGCAAAUACCAAAGGACCUGACUAACAGUGACUAA